AUGGACGCUGAGGUUUCAACACAGUUAUCCCUGAUCGAUGUUCUUCUGAGCGACCUUGACAAAACCAUUACGCCAUGCGCCAAUAAAAAGAAUGAAAAAAAAGAAGAAGAAACACAGGAUGCAAUGCCAGACUCAACAACCAACACGGAAAAGAAUAAUGGUAACCCAUUCCAUUGUGGAGAUGAUGUCCUGGUACUCAACAAAGAUGGCAGAUAUUACUUAGGGACAAUAGUUGAGCUGAGCACGAGCAAUGACAAUGACUCGUGCGAGGUGGGCACGGGUGUGGCGCGAUGCCUGGUGAAGUUCGGUGACGGUACCCAUGCGUGGGCGCCCGUAUCUUCGCUGAAACUGCUGAGCGCACCGCCCGCGGACGACGGCCGCAUCAUGUGCGUGGUGUGCAAGCGGCGGGAGGACACCGCCGCUGCGAACACGGUCGUCGCCUGCGACAUGUGUGGCCGCGGCUACCACGCCAAGUGCCACUCACCGCCCGUCGAGGACCGGAUACACGGUGCAUCGUGGCAUUGCAAGCGAUGCGUGGAUCAAAGGUACCGAGUUGCGGCGGCAGAGAACCGAGCAAUGAAGCGAUCUGACUUGUUUCGGUUUAAAGGCGGCCAGCAGCGACGGCAGCAGCAGGAACUUACCCCGCCCUGUGAUACGGCAUCUACAACAUCCUCUUCUACUGCGUCUGAUGGUGGGAAAGAUCAAAAUGAAACGCAUUGUUACUGUGGAGAAAAAAGCGAUUGGCUUGCACAGAUGUUAUUGUGUUGUCGAUGUUCCCGGUGGUUCCACCAAAGAUGUGUGUCAAGUUUACAGUAUCCCUUAUAUGCAGGCGAUAAGUUGUAUAUAUUUGCGUGUGCAAACUGCAAUGGUGGUGCGGAAUACUUACGGCGGUUAGAGCUUUGUUGGCUGGAUCUGGCUCAUCUAGCGCUCUACAACCUAACCGCAUAUAAUGCACCAAACUAUUUUGAUUUAGAUAAUGUUAUAAUGCCCUAUAUAAUGGAUAAUUGGCAUGCGUUACAAUUACCUGAAAAGAUGUGGCGGACGCCGGUGAACGAGCGGCGCGAGAAGAUCCUGACGGCGCUGACGUCGUCGCGCAAGCGAUUCAAGUGCGGGCGCGAGAUGAAGAAGCGCGCCACCAUCUGGGGCCUGCGCCUGCGCCGCCCGCCGCCGCCGCCGCACCAGCUCGCCGCGCUCGACCAGAUCAAAAAAGGGGAGCCUCUCACCGAUGAAUUAGUACGUGAAUAUGCGCCUAGACUUCGAUUUUUAUCACGAGCUCCUUCGCCACAUACUGUUUCCGAAGUUGAUGACAGUUCGCAACCCUCGAGUAGUAACAAUGAGAAAAGUUCCUAUAAAAAUCAUAAUCAACGCAUGAUCGUGCCCGUUGAUGGUCACUGGUUGAACCUGAUGAUGGGUAAAAGGUUUCACGAAAAUCUCAAUUCGAAUUCUAACUCCGAGAAUGACUCGACGAGUUCCUAUGAAUCUGUUAAACCCACUGAACGGGACGAACAACCGUCACCCUCUGUUUGUACCUCCACUGUUAGGAAAUCCAAUGCCAAAGAUGAUCAUUUAGAGAAAAUGUCUGAAAUUAAUGAAACUGAAUCUAACGAAGCUAAACCGAGCGAAACCACACCAGUGCCAUCAUGCAAUGUGUCCCUACUCCCUUGUUCAGUUAAGUUAGAUAAAAUACCAAAAGAAAAUGCCGACGAAAGCAACGUAAGCAAAGCAGUCACUAGCAUCAUAAACAUCAAUAGUCAUACAACUAGAAUAGCAACAAUGAAUCUAGAACUUUCUAAGUUAUCCACUAAAAACAUCAUUGAACAUUCCAAAAUAAUGUCAUUACAACACAUGGACAGUCUACCCGCAUACAGUAGCAACUUUACCCAUGAUAUGGAGUCGUCAGGCGACGAAACAUCUAGUAGGGGGACGCUCGAUGCAAUUAUACCACCGCUUAAAGACUUUCAGGGCAAAAAUAACCCAUUUUUAAUGCAGAACAAAUAUACAACGAAAACCUCGUUUUCGACGACAAUGAUCUUAAGCAAUAAACAAAAUGGAAAGCAACACCAUUUCCACUCACGGUUUUCAUUACCAGGACAAUUAAAUCCACUAAUGGGCCCUAUGAUAAGGCCCUUGAAACGGAAGCUUAGUGAAAAAGAUAUUAUAAUAGGGCCAAAUGGAGAAGUAAAAAGAAGAAAGUACAGGCGACCAAGAAAGUACCUACAAAUGCAGCUUAACAAAUCCUGUCCACUGCCUGAUGAGUCUACGAAAGUCGUUGCAGCGCAAAACGAAAACGGUGAUAUACCCCCACCAGUAGCUCACAAUAUGAGCAAUGUGAAAUUUCACGGCAGAAGACUGAGACAGCGCCAGGAAAAGAACUACUAUGAGAACGCUCGACGAAACACAAACAACACCGCCAGUAAUAACAAUAGUGUAAAGAGUUUGCAGCUAAGUCCGCAUAAAGCGAAUAACGCAGCCGCAGAAGUUGACGCUCAGCAGCUCUCAGCGCUAAAGUCGAGCGUCCAGUCGUACUUCCGCGCCGGACAGACUUUCCACAUACUAGCUCGCCGCCUGGCGCCCAACUCUCCGCCCGCCUACCUCAUCGAGUGGGAUUCCAAGGCCUCAUAG